CUGUGUAGUUGAAGCCUAUGGUUGGAGCACGCUGCUGAUGCUGGUCCUGAUGCAGGAUUCCGGUUCGCGGUUUCCUGGUGAUGCUACGUCGAGACGCCUGCGACCGGAAGGAUGCUGGCAGUGCAGGAAGACUCACGGGGCUAAAUGUUAACCUUUAUGAUGACUUUUAUUUUUGAAUCUGUACUUUUAUAACGCGUUUUUUCUGGUGUUUUCUGUAUUUACAUUCCACUUUAUUUGAUCUAUUUCGAUUUGCUUAUAUUUUGCUGGUUUAAAAUAAUGUUUCCCUCGUGUUAUUCCAAACCUGGAGACAGUGGGAGUAAAAGGAUGUCUUUCACAAGGAUCUUUCUUGGGGUGUUUGUGGUCUACAUGUGUCACACCGCCUGGGUGCUGUACGGCUUCCUGAACACGAAACCUUGCGACAAGGGAAAGGGAGAACAGUGUAUCACUUCCUACCUGGCAGAUCGACCAAAACUACAGCUGAGCGUGUUCACCUGCCUGGUCCCGGAGGAGAGUCCGCUAAACCUCAUCCUCACAGUGGACCCCUUCGACCCGCACUCUGCGUUUGAAAAGCAGGUGAACGUCUCUCUGCCGGAGGAGACCCGGGCCAACGGGAGUCUCCACGCGGUCGUGUACCUCCACAAGGCCGGCGUCUCCCCCUUGGAGGACCACAGGGGGGUGCACCACGCGGCCCCCCUGACCACCUACACCACGCCCAGACACACAGCUGCACCGAGGGGCGCCCUGCGCCAGGGGUCUUACAGAUUAGAGGCUCUUGUUUCCCAUUGGAAGCCACACCUUUCAAUCACGGUGCUGUCCACGGACUUCCCCUUCAACAAGGCGGGGCUCCCAAGUGACCUGAGACGCCACAUGCGCGUCUUUCCGGACGGGAGGAAGACAACCUACCUCCCGUUGCUCCUGGUGGAUCAGCUCAGCGUCGGCGCCAGAGACCUGCUGGAGGUCAGCAGCAGCGCGCGCCACCUCCCCCUGACCGUGUCCUACCGGGGGACGUCUCUCCAGAGCUUCAGGUUCUGGAUCCACCUGCAGGACCUGGUCCACUCACUGCGGCAGUUUGGUUUCACAGAGGAGAACAUCGACGAGAUCAAGGAGACACUGCGGGGCUCCAACCUCUACCUGCUGAUCCUGACCGCCUUGGUCACAGCUCUGCAUCUCAUCUGUGAAUUCCUGGCCCUUAAAAACGACAUCACGUCGUGGAGGAAGAAGAAGAGCAUGGCGGGCAUGUCAAGGAGGACAGUCGUGUGGCGUUGCCUGGGCACUCUGCUGGUCUUCGUCCAUCUGCUGGAGGAUACCAGUCUGCUGGUGCUGCUUCCUGUGGGCCUGGGAGCCUGCGUGGAGGUAUGGAAGGUCUUCAAAGUAUUCAAGAUCCAUGUGCAUCUGAAGAGCUACAGGCCCAUCAUGCAUGUUAGUAAACUGGAUGAAGCAGAGAGGAAGACAUCGGAGUAUGAUUCACAGGCCUCCAGAUACCUGUCUUAUUUGGUCUACCCCUUGUGUGUCGGCGGGGUCGUGUUCUCCCUAGUCUACCUGCGCUACAAGAGCUGCUACUCCUGGUUAAUCAACAUUCUGUUGACUGGAGUUUAUGCACUGGGCUUCCUGUCUAUGGUCCCACAACUCUUCAUCAACUACAAGUUGAGGGCUGUGGACCACCUGCAGGGCACAGUGUUAUUGUACAGAGGGGUGAACACCUUGCUGUGGGACCUCUGCUCCUCCAUCUCCUGCCUCUCCUCGUCGGACCGCGUGUCUCUGUCCCACCAGCUCUUCUGCUUCAGGGACGAGCUCUUCUUCUUCCUCUACCUCUAUCAGCGCAGACACUAUGCCCACAAGGCCAGACUUCGAGAGGCCGGGUCUAAAAGCAAGAAAGUGAAGACCCAGUGAGGAGGAGGCUUCGUGUAGAGCACAACAUGGAUCCAUGAUAUCGGCACCUUAAGGCGUUCCCUCCUUGAUAAACAAACAGAAAAAAGAGUGUAUAUACAGAGCAUAUCUCCCUGUAGAUGCGCCAACAUAAAGUGGCAUUGUCACGCCAAGCUCAUACAAGAGAGGAGCGACAGCUUCAAAUGAGGAAAAAAAAACGUAGUCUGUCCCAUCCACACAGUUUCUGUGAAAAGCUUGACCAUUGCCAUCAUUCUUCAGAAUCGGACCAAUGUAGCGGAAAUCACAACAAUGAACAAUGAUGUCAAUGGUCCUACUUUUCAGUGUUCAAAACACACGUAUGAAGUGAUGGCGGUUCCCCUUUAAAGGAGCAAAGUGGAGAUAGGACAGGUUCCCCACUAAUUCCAGGUGUCAUGGUGUGUAUUGGAUGUCGCCGAGGUCAUAUAUUCCUUCCUCGGUUAGACGAGUCCGUAGAAGUAGGAGAAAACAUCCACCCACUCAUGAGGUUUAUUCGACCCACUAACUCUUUGAAUUUAGUGAUUUCAUGCCACCAGGUGUGAGUGUGAUUAGUCAGAAUAAGCCGUUUGAAAAUGUAUCUUUUUUCCUGUGUUUUAGUAAUUUGAACAUUUGCCGAAGUCUGCUUGGUAGGCUGGUAGACUGAUCUGUCCAGCGCACAUCUAGGUGGACACGCCCACAUCUAGGUGGAUACGCCCACUUGUGAUGACAUGCCCACUUGUGAUGACACUAAGGGUGCACUCGCACUAGGCAAGUUCAAGUGCCCCUGAC